GAUCUCUUCACUAAGUUCCAUAGCACUUCUAGUAAAAAAGGAUACCGAAUCUGCAUUCAAAAUGGGUUCAAACAAUUCAAAAUUGUCUUCUACCAAUAACAGGCAUAGCGAAAAGCCCGUGCGUCCAGCAACGGCUACCAUGAAGUUGAAGCAGAUCGCUUCCGGAGGCAAGCUGGACGAACCCAACGAGCAAAACCACGAGGCUCGUACAUGACCCCAUUUGUUCCUUGUCUAUCUAUGCCCAAAGCAGUUACAAAAAUAGAAAAUGGGUGCUGAUAAACCCAGCACCUCCGUACAAUGCCGGAGACCGGGCGAGAAAUCUUUCCAUCCCGCAAGUGCGAAGUUGGGAAGAACGCCUCCUGAGUUCCGACAAGGUAUUCUCAAUAUGAACCAGGAUGCUGUAAUGAUUGUUUUGCACAAGAUAUCUAAUCCUGUGCGACUACCUAGAACCGUCUGGCCAUCCUUAGUUUUGCCACCAAUCCCUAUUCGCAGAUCCUCACCAAUCAAUCUGCUGUACAGCUAGACAGGCCAGUUUUCAAUGUCAGGAUCCCACUGGAAGGGGCUCCGAUUACGGAUCAGCGGGCGUCGGGCCGCUGCUGGCUGUUUGCAUCGACGAACGUCUUCCGAGUGCCACUUAUGAGAAAGUACAACCUGAAGGAGUUUGAGCUCAGUCAGGCCUACCUUUUCUACUGGGAUAAAAUCGAGAAGGCCAAUUGGUUCCUGGAGAAGAUCAUAGAGACGGCUGAUGAACAAUUGUCCAGUCGCUUGGUUCAGAAGUUACUCGAGGACCCGGUUACGGAUGGAGGCCAAUGGGAUAUGGUGGCGAACCUGGUGGGCAAAUAUGGCUUGGUGCCUCACGACCUCUACCCGGAUAACAUUAGUGCCCAGAACAGUGCGAAGAUGAACUGGCUCGUGACGGUGAAGUUACGCGAGCAUGCGCUGACUCUGCGGCGGUUGGCGCAGAGUGACCCCGAGAGGUUGGCGAGACAGAAGAAUGAAUUUCUGAAAGAGAUCCACUCCCUGGUGACUAUCAUGUUGGGCCCGCCACCGAGCCCGAACGAGGCAUUCCACUGGGAGUAUUAUGAUGCUGAUGGCAAAUUUCAGGAAGUAUACGACAGCCCGCAGGGAUUUGCGAAACAGGCCACUGCGCAACUCGCCCGAGGUGAUGUUGAUCCUGGCAGGAUGUUAAGCUUGGUGAAUGAUCCGCGGAAUGAGUACGAUCGACUCUUGACGGUCGAUAAAUUAGGAAAUAUAGUAGAAGGACGUCCGAUCACCUACAUCAAUGUGGGCAUGAAGACGAUCAAAGCAGCUGCGAUUGCAAUGCUCCGUGCAGGGCACCCUGUGUUCUUUGGCUGUGAUGUUGGAAAAUUCUACGACUCUAAGCUUGGCGUGAUGGAUUACGGGUUACUGGACCUCAAAUUGGGAUUCAACACCACACUUCGGAUGAGUAAGGCACAAAGACUGAACACCGGCGAGUCAUCCAUGACCCAUGCAAUGGUGUUAACGGGUGUCCACGUUGAAAGGGGCCAAUCAGUGCGAUGGCGGGUGCAAAACUCAUGGGGUGAAGUCGUGGGAGACAAGGGUUGGUUUGUCAUGGGAGAUGAAUGGAUGGACGAGUUUACGUAUCAGGUAGUGGUUGAUUCUCGCUUUGUUUCAAGGGAGGUCCGAGAUAUUCUAAAACAGGAACCAAAGGUCUUACCACGAUGGGACCCGAUGGGAGUUCUUGCAUGACGGCGACCAAUCUUGGAAAUAUACGAUUGUCUGCGCAGAUUGGCAUUAUUCUCCGGGAUAAGAAAUGAAAACAUGUCUGAAGAAACAAUAGAGGUAUGGG